AUGGUAGAAGUUCAAGAUAUAGAAAGUGGUAUUGAUAAAGAAAAUCGUGAUGUAGGUGACGAGAGUGUAGAAGGUCAAAAUAUAGAAAAGAAGUUGUACGAUUAUCCAAAAAGUCCAAGUGUUGAAGCUCAAUAUAAAUCAAAAGGACAAACAUAUAAUUCAUAUUAUAAUGUUAUUGCCCUAGGAACUUAUCCCAUAGCACCAAAAUUAUCUCAAAAAACAAACUGUGAUAAUAUACCUCAAUAUUGGAUAUCUGAUUACUAUAUAAUUGAAACAGAAGUUGCUGAAAGAAAAGUUAAAUGUGAAACAAAAUAUGAAUCUAAUUCAAAA